AUGCUGCACCCAGCCUUAUCCAUCACCGCUGAUGCGGAACUGAGCCUCGUCGCUGGAGCUGCGGACCGGCCGUACACACUCAGCUGGGGCGGCAAGAGCCGCACCUCAAUGCCUCUGGCCCAACCGUUUUUCGCCGUGACCGAGAUCACCAGGGCCUGGCGCCGCGCCUCACACAUGCGCAUGUCAAUCCGCGUAUGCACAGAUCCCGUGCCUUUGAUUCAUCAAAUCAUCGUGUUUGUUAAUGAUACGGCCACGGCGGCUGCUAAACCAGCCGACGUUGACGAAUCAUAUACCCUCAACAUCACCGCCCCGACCAUCCUCAUUUCCGCCCAAACCGAAUGGGGUGCACUCUAUGGCUUGGAAACUUUGACCCAGCUGGUUCACUACAACCAAACUACACAUGCCCACACCAUUUCUCAUGGACCGCUCUUUAUUCGUGAUGCCCCACGCUUCACCUGGCGUGGGCUGCUCCUGGAUACCGCCAACCAUUACCUGAGUCUCGACGCCAUCAAGACGACUCUUGAUGGCAUGGCAAUGGUCAAGCUCAACCUCCUACAUUGGCACAUUGUUGAUUCAUACUCCUUUCCCAUGGAGGUGAUGCAACAGCAAGGCCUCUCCCAGCACGGUGCUUGGAGCGCCAGUCGGGUCUAUCGCCGCGAGGACGUUGACGACGUGGUUCGCUACGCUCGCACCCGAGGCAUUCGCGUUGUCCCAGAAAUUGACGUUCCCGGCCACGCUGCUAGUUGGGGUGCCAGUGAUCCGGGCCUGGUUUCCACGUGCCCGGUCGUGAACGGCACAGACAUUGGUAACAUCAACGUCAUCCCUCUCAACGUGGCCGAGGAGCGCGUCUAUCAGGUGCUUGGCGAUGUUCUCAACGCGACUGCCACCCACUUUCCAGACACCACGCUUCAUCUGGGUGGUGACGAGGUGCAAUUCAGCUGUUGGACCCAUGAUCCGUUGAUACAAGACUUUAUGACCAGGCAUGGCCUCGACGAAUUAGGACUCUUGAUCUUCUUUCUCAAUCGCACGGACGCCCUCCUGCCUGACUCCAUCCAGCAAGUCAUGCUGUGGGAUGAAAUGUUUGACAACCUCGGCCCACGCCUUCCGGAACUGGCCCAUUGCAAACCUAUCAUAGAGGUUUGGAACAACCGUACACUCAUGGAUGCGGCCUUGGCUCAAGGCCAUGACGUUUUGCUGGCCACGGGCUUUUAUCUCGAUCGCCAGACACCAGUAGAUGGCCGUCCUACUCACUGGUUCUGGGUUGAUACCUGGGUGGAUAUGUACGAGGUUGAGCUUCCUGAAGACCGUGAAAGUCCCGGCCGGGUGCUUGGCGGUGAAGCUUGCAUGUGGUCCGAACAAGUGUCGGACAUUUCCCUGCACACCCGCCUCUGGCCUCGCCUUGCUGGCGUCGCCGAGCGCCUGUGGAGUCCAGCCGACAUUACCGAUGCCGCUUUGGCAGCUCAGCGGCUCGGCGCAGUACGGUGCAAGAUGGCAGCUCGCGGCGUCCCUAUUGGUCCCAUUUGGGCUGACUACUGCAGUGCGGAUACCGAGUUUGCCCUCAUCUCAAGUACCAACCACCAUAACAAACCGGUUCAAUUGACCAGUGGCGAGAUGCUUGCCAUCACGCUGUUCAUGUUUCUCUUGGGCGUAUUCUUUGUGUACAUUGCGGCAUGUUGUUUUGGCAUUGGCUUUACCGUGCGCCCUCGAGACUCAAAUCGCACUCCCCUCCUUCCUGCCUCAACCGACAGCAACAUUCAGUCCAAAAGCAACAUCGAUCUGGCCACUGAUCCCGUUGCUCCAAAGCCACCGCGAGAACGCUUGUCCGCGCUCGACGUUUAUCGAGGCCUGACCAUUGCGGUCAUGAUUCUCGUGGACGAGACGGGAGCUGCCUUUCCACCCAUUGAUCACGCACCGUGGAAUGGCUUGCACUUGGCCGACACUGUCGUGCCUUCGUUUGACUUUAUCGUCGGCGUCUCAAUUGCUCUCGCUUUCAAGCGUUUUGACCUCGAGGCUGGUGCUCAGGGACAACGCUGGACCGCCUUUAAAAAGGCUACGGAUCGCUUUCUCAAGCUUUUCGGUGGGAUUACGUUUAUGAACUACGAUUUGACCAACAUUCGCAUCUUCGGCAUUCUACAACGUGUUGCCGUGUGCUACUUUGCCGUGGCACUGAUGGAGAUUUUCCUGCCGCGCCUCACCGGUGCCCUCCCUGCUGACAAUGGAACGUGGGCAGACUGGAUGCGUCGCACCCAGCACCUGUUCUGGCGCUACCGCUGGCACUGGUUUUCCGCAGCGCUGUUGCUGGCAGUACACACCUCUAUCUUGUAUGGCGUUGAUGUGCCGGACGCAUUUGGUGAACGCUGUGGCCGCGGCCAGCUCACACCCGCCUGCAAUGCAGCCACAUACAUCGACCGCCUUAUUCUGACCGUGCCACACAUGUAUUUUCCGGAAAAUGGGGGCGACCCAGCACAUGCCGACGUGACAUUCAAGCGCCUACCCGAGUGCAGCUCCUGUAGUCCGGGGCUGUGUGUAGCACCAGCUGAUGCCCCUGCCUGGUGUCUUCACGGCCCUUUCGACCCGGAGGGUCUCGUCUCCUCGCUGACAGCCAUCGUCACCACCAUCAUUGGCGUCCACUAUGGACAUGUCUUGCGCCAGAUUAAGAGCCCGAUGGAGCGCAUCUUUCAGUGGAGCAGCUUUGCCCUGCUGCAACUAUUGCUGGGUCUAAUCUUACAUUUCAGUGGUAUUCCCCUGAAUAUUAACUUGUAUUCCGUCUCCUUUGUGCUUGUGACGGGCGGCAUGACGGGGCUCCUUUUGGUGCUUUGCUAUCUCAUUGUGGAUUAUCGACCCACUGCACGCUGGCUGUGGCUUCCCUUCAUGUGGCUUGGCACCAACGCCAUCGUUAUCUUUCUAUGUGCUGAGGGCGACGUGAUUGACUGGGUUCUGUCGUGCUUUUACCUUGAGGAUCCUGACCGAAGCUUGGCAAAUAUCCUGUGGCCCACGGGCGUGUACUGGGGCGAUGACGACGACGUGCGCCCGUACAAACCCAGCUACAACUACCAGAUCAUGCUCUGGUGUUUGGCGUACAUUGGCGUUUGGGUGCUGCUGGGUCGAUGGAUGUACAACAACAAGAUUUUCAUUAAAAUCUAA